CAUCCUACAACAAGCAUACUUGUAGAGCAGGCUGAUUUUCUGGAGGAUGCCUCGGCUAGGAGAUGACCAGAAUAUGGCCACGGCCUACCCCGACCGAGUGAGCACGAACCUGCGAGGGAGCUGGAUGAGGCAGCUCGCGAUGACGGUGGUGGGCACUCUCUUGUUGUACAACGUGUUUUUCAAAGACUACAAGAAUGAGACGAAGACGGGCAUGUCCAAUAGGGGCAUCGCGGGCGACAUCGAGACCAUCAUCCCUAAGACCAGGGCUGAGAUAAUCAAGGAAGCAAAAGAGAACAAGAAGACGAUGAAGGAAAAGAACGAGGCCCUGCACUACCAGGUGGGCAACCUGACCAACGCCGUGAUCGAGCUCCAGGAGGUGCUGGUCGAGACCAACGGGGUCACCAUCCAACACCCGGUGACCCUACCCGAGCCGGAGGAGGGGGAAGGAGAAGACGGCGGCGGCGGCGGCGGCGGCGGCGGCGAGAACAACGCCGUCGAAGGCGUUCGCGCCUCGCAGGACGGAGACGAGGGGGAAGAUGGGAAUCACCCUAAGGCGAUGCUAAGGGGGGCGGAAACGGGGCAAGAGGACAACUACGGGGGGGGUACCGGCGAUGCUGCCGACGAACCAAAGAAUGGCGGUGGCGGCGGUGGUGGAGCAGGCGGUCGGCGGUUGUCGUCACCGCUGCCGAAGACGAAGAGUGAGGCACAUGGACGGCGGCCGGCGGCGGCAGGCGGCGGCGACGGAUCCCGCUCCCGGCAGCGGUUGAGGCGACAGCAGCAGCGCCGCAGUCGCCGCGAGGAGUCGAGUCAUCAUCCAGGAGAAGGGGAUCCCGCGAGAUGAAGGGCGGCACCCGCGGGCGGGACGCGGACGCCGUGACGACGCCAUCAUGAGGCAGGGGGAGCCCGCGAGAUAAAGGGCGGCAGGUCGCGGACACCAUGGCAUCAUCAUGAGGUUUCCUCUUUUCCUCGAGUGGGUGGAAUGGAAUAUUAAUAGAGACUUCUUUCAUCACCGCACACACGUCUGUGUGUGAGACAUCCCGGUGAGUGGGAAUUCGCGGAGGCGGCCGCGCGUCUUGGUGAUGUUUUGGCAGGUGGGGGUUAGCGGAGUCAAAUCGCGUUUUGACGUGGUAUGAAACGCCAAGCCCCUCGCCAGGUUCCCGGUAGGGGGGUCACAAGCAGCUCACCUGUAAAGGCGGUGGGGAGGACUCUCUGCUGAGUAGAUGGGGCUGCAGCUGGUGGCCCGUCGGUUCUCUUCCUCUCGAGUUUUUUAAUUGUCUACCUCCGACGCUGUAGUGAGAUAUCCUGGGCUGGCUGUUCGCCACACACAGCGUUGUUACGUGUUUGUGAAGUAUGUGCUUACAUGUGUAGCUUACAAGAAUCACCACAGCUAGCAUUCGGCGCUGUUUUCAUGUUGCGCUGGUGCUGGUGGUGUUGUCGUAGACGGGGCGCUAUUGCCGUGUCGGUCUCGUCAGUAGUGCGGGGGGUGAUUUUUUUUUUGUUUUUUUGGACGAAAAAUCCCUCGAGUCGUCCCUCAGAGUUGUAAUGUUGACCGCCUGUCAUUUUUCGGUAGUGCCGCGCCUGUUGAGCUCGGGGAUGCAAGACGGCGGCAGCGGCAAAACAUGUACCAUGUAGAUUCGGUUAUCCUCUGGUGAUGGGAGGGAAAUUUUAAAGUUGUGUCUCUGUCUCUUCCCACUGCCCGACCUCUGUAAACGUAGUACAUGGUCAUGGCGGUGGUGUCGUUUUUCAACCCGUUACAAUUGUGGUGGCCUUCCGCGUUACUCUAUCCUUCAAACAAUCCACGGGUCUCGAGACCCUCUCCCUUUCUCGAAGUCGAUGCUCGUGUUUGUGUGCCGUAUGUCCGUACGGUACGAAGCAACACGCUUAAAUAGAUUCCAUGUACCCUCGACGAGGGCGGGCGGGUAGAUAGACACACCGUACGGUUACAUAUUGGUCGCGUGUUCUGUGGUUGUCGUGUUCUGACUGGGAUCUUACGUACGUGGUAUGUAUUUGCCUCAUCGGUCAACUUUUUUGAUCUGGCGGUUCUGUUAGAAUAUUUAGUUUCUUUUGUUGAUUUCAAGGACCCCAAGUUCCCGGGCAAUGACAAAUCUGGUACGUACCGGAGGCG